AUGUCUGUAAAAAAUAUCGCGGUCGUCGCGUUUCUAAUGUCGUCUGCGGCCAUUGUGACGCUGUCAAAGCUGAGCUCGCGAGACGCCGACGACUCGAAUCAGAUAUUUUACGCUAUCGCUGACGACGACAAUAAUAUUAGGAUUCGACACACGGAAGAUGGCAGAUUCGUCGGUAAAGCUAGUUACACUCGGAGUAUUAACGUUACUGGUUGGGAUUACUUAGAAAUACUUACAUCCAUUGAAGUAGAUGACGCAACCCAAGCCUAUGCUGCUGGUUUGUUGGAAGGAUUCGUCACUGCCGAAUUAAUAAACACGUAUUGGCAUAAUAUUUUUCAAAAUUUCUGUGACGACCGAACAGACUUAUGCGUAAAACUGGGAGAGUAUUUGCAGACAAAUAAAAAUUGGGUCAUGUCCCAGGUGACGGAGAAAAACGGAUCGGACGCGUAUUGGCAUCAGGUUGGACUCAUGUACAAACAACUCGACGGGUUAUACGAUGGAUAUAAAUUGAAUACAAAAGAAGGAAUGCAGUCUUUGUCAUGGGAACAUUUUUUUUGGAUGAACGUUCAAGAAGAUUUAUUUAAUUUAUGUGACGCCUUUAAUUCUUCGCACCCUCGUAAAAAACCGUUUGGGGCUGGAUCGUGUUCAGUUCUUAUAAAAUUACUACCUGAAUCCAAAGAGUUAUUCUUCUCUCACGUGGCCGGGAAUCGGUACGAAACAAUGUUGAGAAUACAAAAGCGAUAUCGUCUUAAUUACAAGGAAAGUAAAUCGUCGUACCAAUUAGUGUUAGGACACGACAUAACAUUCAGUUCGUAUCCCGGUUUUCUAUAUUCGAUGGACGAUUUUUACUUGAUUUCUUCAGGCUUAGCAGUCACCGAAACCACUAUUUCAGUUUACAAUCCAAAGCUAUGGACCAAUGUUCAGCCAAUUGGGCAGGUGAUGGUUUUCAUUCGGGCGAUGGUAGCUAACCGGCUAGCGUCCGACGGAUUGGCCUGGACGAAAUUGUUUAAGCAACAUAACAGUGGCACGUACAACAACCAAUGGCUGGUGAUCAAUUACUCGUUGUUUCGACCCGGUCGCAAACUGCCCAGAAGAGGGUUGCUCUACGUGCUGGAGCAAAUACCCGGACUGGUCGAGACGCGUGACGUGACGGAAUCAUUUCAGAAACAGACGUACUGGGCAAGCUACAACGUGCCAUUCUUAAAGGCAAUCUCCGAGGCCAGUGGUCAAGACGAUAUGGUUAAGCGAUAUGGAAAUUGGUUUUCAUACCGAGACACUCCCCGGGCUCGCAUAUUUGCCAGGGACCACGUCGGUGUGACGGACAUGCCAAGUAUGCUGCGCCUGAUGCGCUCCAACGAUUUCAGAAAUGAUCCAGAGUCCAGGUGCGAGUUUUGUGCUCCCCCGUAUUCGGCUGAAAACGCCAUUUCGCCCAGGAAUGAUUUGAAUGACAAAGACGGAGUGUACCCGUUCGAGGCACUUGGCUAUUCUAACCAAGGUGCUAUAGACGCCAAAGUAACGAGUUACAUGACCUUCAAGAGGCUAAAAUUUUUGGCCAUUUCCGGGCCGACUUGGGGCACUGGAGGACGUCUUGGCGGGUUCUGUUGGAGCAAAUCACGCGCGGCCAACGUCAGUCACGCCGGACUACCUGACUGUUGGAAUUUCAAACCUAAAUUACAUAGGUGGCAGUGGCAAAACUAG